GAAGAAACGACUUCGGUCGAUGCGACAGUUUCGGUGGAAUAAUUGUCCCAUGUCACUAGGUUGUUAGGUUAAAGGCUGACCCUAAAAUCUACAGUCACGUUUACAAUAUCGGAAUAAUAAUGUCCGAUUUCGACGAGUUCGAAAAACAGCUGAGCGAAAACCGCCAGGAGCGGGAGAAGGAGAGACACAGGAAGCGAAGCCGCAGCGGGUCCCAGGGCCGCGGUGAGAAGCACCGCAGCUGGAGCAAAGACCGCGGCAGCCGCAGCCGCGAGAAGCACGACCGCGACCGCAAGAGCCGCGACCGCAGGAGCAGCUCCCGCGACCACAAGAAGCACAGCUUUUCUCCUCGAAGGAUGCGAAAGAAAAGAACGUGCAAAUACUGGGACGUGCCCCCCCCAGGGUUCGAGCACAUCACUCCGAUGCAGUACAAGGCCAUGCAAGCUGCCGGGCAGAUCCCCACCAUAGCUCUGCUGGCGACCUCUACCACCAGUGGCGUAGCAGUAACUCCCACACAGGUGCCAAUGGUGGGCAGCCAGAUGACCAGGCAGGCCAGAAGACUCUAUGUUGGCAAUAUUCCUUUUGGGGUGACUGAGGAAUCGAUGGCAGACUUCUUUAAUGCCCAAAUGCGGCUUGCAGGGCUCUCCCAGGCCCCCAGCAACCCUGUUCUCGCUGUGCAGAUUAACCAGGACAAGAACUUUGCUUUCCUAGAGUUUCGCUCCGUCGAUGAAACCACGCAAGCGAUGGCCUUCGACGGCAUCAUCUUCCAGGGUCAGUCUUUAAAAAUCAGGAGGCCACACGACUACCGCCCGCUCCCUGGCAUCUCGGAGCAGCCGGCUUUCCAUGUCCCAGGUGUGGUUUCCACGGUGGUCCCCGACUCCCCGCACAAACUUUUCAUCGGUGGACUGCCUAACUAUCUCAAUGAUGAUCAGGUCAAGGAGCUCUUGACUUCGUUCGGACCCCUCAAAGCUUUCAACCUUGUGAAGGACAGUGCCACCUCAUUGUCCAAAGGUUACGCCUUUUGUGAAUAUGUAGAUAUCAGUGCGACUGACCAGGCGGUGGCAGGACUCAAUGGCAUGCAACUUGGGGACAAAAAGCUGAUCGUUCAGAGGGCAAGCGUGGGAGCUAAGAAUGCUAAUCCUACUUGCAUCAUGGAGACCCCAGUCACCCUGCAGGUCCCAGGCCUCCAGGGCCUGCAGACCUCGGGCGUGCCCACGGAGGUGCUGUGCCUCCUGAACAUGGUGAUGCCCGAGGAGCUGGUGGAUGACGAGGACUACGAGGAGAUCCUGGAGGACAUCCGCGAGGAGUGCUGCAAGUACGGAAACGUGCGCUCCGUGGAGAUCCCGCGCCCCGUCGACGGCGUGGAGGUGCCGGGCUGUGGGAAGAUUUUUGUGGAGUAUGUUUCCGCGGCGGACUGUCAGAAGGCCAUGCAGGCACUGACGGGUCGGAAAUUCGCCAACAGAGUGGUCGUCACCAAAUACUACGAUCCAGACAUGUACCACAGGCAUGAGUUCUGAGGAAGCUGACGUGAAGGGGCACAGGAACAGGCACCAGCCUGGCCCACCCUAACCACAAUGCUGAGAGCGCUCUGUCCAGUGCGGAAUGAAUAUGUUCCCUCUGUACAGCGUUGGGUACACCUUUUUCCUCAUUAACCCAUACACGUAUGAAAACAAGAAAGCUUUUAAAAAAUGUUUUUUCCUCCUGAAAGGGAUAGCUCCCUUCAUGGGGUUCUUCUCCAUUUUAGUUUUAUGUAUGUAAUUAGGAUUGGCCCAGACAUUUUUCCCGUAAAAUGAAGGCUGCUUAUACAAUUUUCGAAUGACAAGUCCGCUUUACUGUGGCUAGUGUAGGGGCGUUUUGGGUGGGUUUGUGGCAUAAAGAUAGCAGAUUAAAUGUAAUUCUCCAAACGCACAUAACACCUCUGGAGGCAUUACAUCACUGUCCAUGCUUGCUUUGGAGGUACUUGCAAGUGAAUGUUCUUGCUUUAGACCAAGAACCCCCAAAUGGUCAUCAGAAUCAUCUGUAAAUAUAUAUAAUGUCCUUCAUCUUUAUCAAAAAGAUUGUCUGGGCCAAUAAAACUAACUCUGAAACAGAAAGAAUAUCAAAGACCUCACAAAGUGAGCUACCUUUUUAGGAUAUUUUUCUCUGCUUAACUGACCAUCAAACUUACGCAGUGAAUGACAGAUUUUGGAAUGAAAAUGUACAAAAAAUAGUAAUAAUAUUGCUUCAUCAUGCUGUCAACUGUCAGGUUUCUAACAGUAGAAUUGCAUAUACUGUAUAUCCAACACAAAAUAACUAUAAACAGAGACAGUUAUUUUAGAUUUCAGACUACAAGAUAGACAUAUUUAUUGAUUGGGUUUAGUCUUAGCAUUUUAGUAGAACAUAUGUGAGAAGCAUUUUGAGAGCAGUUUCCUUUAGAUUUAGUUACAUUUUAAUAAAGCGUUGUACAUGUUUGUGUAAUAUAGAAAUAAAUGUAUGUAUGUGUAUUAUGAGUAUGAGUUACAUUUGUGUGUGAUCCCUCUGAAAAGAGCAAUGCUCCAAAAAAAAAAAAACACCUGUAAUUGGAAUUAUUUUAAUUGGUUCAAUUAUGUAAAUAAUGUCUGUCGGAAUGUAAAUCCUCUGUUCCAAGUAUGGCUCUAUUCUGGUUCAUUAAAUUUACUUUAGCAAACACCAUGGUAAAUUAAGUUUGAAGUACUGAUUAAUAAAAUAUAAACGGGUUGCGUUAA